AUGGAACCUGAGUUUAUUAGCAUGUACAAUUUGCACAGUACGUCGCCCGCGAACAUAUUCAUUGACACGUCAAAUAUGAAGAAGAGGGCGAUGGACGAGGCGCUCAUCACGCCACCUAAGUCGACUCCUGCGAAGUCGCGGCUGGUGAAGAACCCGCCCAUGGGUGACUCUAGUGAUAGUAGGCCGCUGUCGCCGGCACGGUCGUCGCCUAUAACUACAACGAAGGCGAAGAGGCAGAAGACUGUUGGCAGUGCGCGGUCUAAUGGUACUUUGACUCUGGAAGAACUGUUCGAGUCCCUGGCCAAGCGUAAAGAAUCCGGUGACAAGAACUCCAAGCCGCAGUACUCCUACGCGGUGCUGAUAUGUCUCGCCAUUUUGCAGUCGCCUGAGGGUAAGCUCACACUGUCGCAGAUAUACUGCUGGAUAUCAGUGCACUUCCCAUAUUAUAGACCAAAAGACGCCAGCUGGCAGAACUCGAUCAGACACAACCUGUCUCUGAACAGCGCUUUCACCAAGACUGAGAAGUCGAGCGAUGGUAAAGGACAUUUCUGGCAGGUGAAAGUGGGAUCAGAGUCGAAAUUUUUCAAAGGUGACUAUGGAGAUUACGAAAACUUACGCAAACAAGUACAGACGAUUGAAAAGUACUUCGACAUCGAUCCCGCUAUGCUAGAAGAAUUUGACAACGAAAAACCAACUUAUCUGAACCGCGAAAGCACUAACGAAAAGAAGAACACAUCUAACGCUCAAACAUCAGCUAGUGAAUCAAGUAGCAUAAGCUCUACACCAAACGCUGACAGCUCUUUCACAGACCUAAAUUCGACUUUUUCGAUAAAAGUGUCACCUCCAGAAGACAAGCCCAAGGAUGGCAGCAUAUCACAAGGGAAGGAGGAAGUAUUCAAUUUUGGCAUGGUAAUAAGGCAGAACGAUCACAACUUACUGGAUUCACCAUAUCCUAUGAAAAAGACUGAAUUGCCAGAGAUAGCAACUCCAUUAAGUAAGAGCAAGACCGAAAGGUUGCCAACUAUAGGUGAUAUUCAAGAUCCCAUUACGACCUUGAAUCCUUUAAACUCUCCACCUAACAUGAGAAGGUACAUGUGCUCGUUUAACUCAAGUUUUGACACUGACUCCCCUUCUCACGCAAGACACGAACCUAGCACGCUUCUUGGGCCGGUACCCAUGUCUUCUUCUCCAACCACUUUACCACAGAUUACUACCCCAUAUGUGAAUAGGUACUCUGAGGAUACUACGCAUCUAAAGCUACCGCCGAUUCAAGUAAAUGUGCUAAAGACACCAGAAGUCAAUAGCAUAACUAAUGUAAAGACACCGGCUAGGUUCACGGAGACACCAAAGGAUAGCAAUUCUAUACUACGCAAGUUGCAAACACCUUCUCAUUUGUUCGAGGAUACCUAUCUUUCCCCAAUGUUUAGAGCCAUGGGUACACCGUUGAAGUUCUCAGCUACCCCAUGUGACACGAAACACAAUAAUUUGUCACCAAGGUCACAACAGAUACCUGGGUUCCACAAGGCCACAAAGUUCCCAUCAAGUGGUUUAUUUGGUGUGGAUAUCUUUUCCGUUUUGAAAAGAGCUGGGUCAACUUCAUCGAAUGCUCAGGACAAGAAAGAUGAAAGCAACGAUGGCUCUAAAUGA